CUAAUUUAAUGGGGUAUUUGAAUGAUAAAGGAGUAACAUAUGAUUACUUUGAAUCUUUGGCAUUCUAAAAGAUGUUGAAAGAAAAAGGAAUAGUGUAAUUUUUGAGUUUGUUAAAAAUCUUUGGGAAAUUCUAAUUACAUGAACAUUAAUUUGAACAUCUCUCAGAUCCCAAUGUGAAAUAGGUAGAGACCAAAAUGUAGCUGUUUUGGGGUGAUGAAUUUGAAGGUCACGUGAUAAAGUUGUAUGAUGACUAGAAGUUGGCUCUGUUGAACCCCAAUACAGGUAAAAAAUAAUAUAGAUAAACAUAGGUGGUUUAUUUUAAAGUUUGGGUGAAGAACAAUAGAAGAAGCUGCCAUUUGUAAUAUUACCAGAAUUUGGUGCUUGGAUGAUUGAAUUGACUCCAAACAAGCCAUAUCAAUGCAUGUGCUUCAAUUUUGACCAAGUCUUAAUAAAUAUGAGAAAGAGAAUCCAAACACUCCAAAGUUAUCUACCAUAAGGAAAUCAAUAUGUACUUAUCCCAGUCUAUCCAAUGUUGGGAGUUGGUAGAUUUACAACAACAGUUGAGAGUGAUUUGACUGCUUCGAUGAUUGAAAAGAUCAGAAGUCAGACAAGUUACAUCGAGGGAACUCCCACUUUGUAGUAAGAUGAAAAGUAGUUUCAAAAUGAAAAAUUGAUCUAACCAGCUACUCCCUAUAAAGAAUUACCAGUGGAACCUAUUUGCAAUUACUUCUCUUAAAGUAUAUACUUUGAUGACAGAAUCAUUAAUCCUCAUCCAAGAUACUCGACCUUAGCUUAGAAUAUUAGAUUAAGGAGAGGAUCAAAGGUUGAAAUAAAAAUACCAUUGUUUAUUGAUUAAAAUACAAAAAUAGAACAGAGUGAAUAUGAACCAAAUCCAGGGUAUUUCUAUUCUUUUAUUAUUUUUAGAUACAUAACAAUGGAUCAUAUGGGAUUUGGAAUGGGAAAUUGUGCACUCCAAACUACUUAUUUGAGUAUUGACAUAGAUCAUGCCAGAUUAUUGUAUGAUCAAUUAGCUGUUUUGGCUCCUUUGUUUGCAGCUUUGACAGCAGGUAGUCCAAUUUAUAAAGGAAAAUUAUCGAAUUGGGACACUAAAUGGGAUUGCUUGGAAAUGUCAGUUGAUUGUAGAAGUGAAAAUGAAAGAAAUCCUUAGAAUCCAAAUUAUAUACCUAAAUCAAGAUAUUCAACAAUUUCAUAUUUCAUUUCUAAUGAUAAAAUGAACUUAGAAGAAUACAAUGAUCUAAGUUUCCCAGCCAAUGAGGAAAUCAUGAAAUUUGCUAAAUAAAAAGCAUAAGAAAUGAAUAUACCACUUGAUGACAAAUUACUUAGACAUCUGGGAAUUCUAUUCAUGAGAGACAACAUGGUUAUGUUUAAGGAUAAAAUACAUAUUGAUGAUAAUACAGCUCAUUUUGAAGCCAUCUAAUCAAGUAAUUGGAAUUCAGUCAGAUUUAAACCACCUCCUUCUUAUAAUUCAAAGAUUGGAUGGAGAGUGGAAUUCAGGACAAUGGAAAUUCAAUUGACAGCAGAAGAAAAUGCUGCAUGGUCUAUUAUGAUCCUUAUGAUUGUUAGAUUGUUCUUUACAGUAAUUUAUUAAUUCUAUCUUUAGAACUAUAUUCCAGUUAACUUUUAUAUGCCCUUAUCCCUUGUUGAUGAAAAUAUGAGAAGAUCAAAAGAAAAAGGAGCUAUCUUAAAUUAAAAAUUCUACUUUAGAACCAACUUCUAAGAGUAUGGUCCUGCCACUAUUGAGGAGUUAACUUUGCAAGAAAUAUUUUUUGGUAAAUAGGAUGGAUCUUUCAUUGGAAUUAUAGGAUUAAUUCAUCAAAAUAGAAAUGUGGUUAAUAAAUAGUAGUGUGCAUAGAAGGAAGAGCACAUUUAUUUAAAAAAUAAAACACUUCAAAAUGAAGUCAUUGAAUUUGUAAGAAACAAAGUUAAUGGGAACACUAAAACACUUGCUUCAUGGAUGAGAGAUUUUGUUACUUCACAUCAGAAUUACAAUUAGGAUUCCAUUGUAUCUCAUGAAAUCAAUUAUGAUCUCAUCAAAACUCUCACUGCUAUUAAAGAUAGACAAAAAGAGGAUCCACACUUUCCCUUAAUAUUUAGUAUGUGAUUUUAAAUUUUAAACUCC